AUGGGGAGCUUAACCAUUGCCCACGAGCUGGUGCACUUUUUCGCCGGCAGAAUCAUCGGUGUUCCCGAGACUGACACCCCCGACAAGAUCAACGCCCCCCCUGAGCUCUCCAGGGUCAAGGGUGAGUCCGGUCGGUUCUGGGAGGACAAGUUUGUCGGCUACAACAUUGAGGCAUUCUUUGACCCGACGGAUCCCCUCAAGGAGAAGCAGGCCGGGAAACUGUGGGCAGACAAGAAGCAAAGCCGCGUUGCCCCAGCCGACCAGAACCUCGUCGAUCACGCCUGGGUCAAGACAAUGCUCGCUGGAACCUUCACCCCCGCCAAGGUCACUGCUCCCACAGCCAGACGCAAGGAGAGCGAGAAGGAGAUGAGAGAAACCAGGGGCCCGGCCGCUGGUGACUACAUUGAUGGAAACGCCGAAUUCGCCACGUACUAUCAGAAGAUCAAGGGAAAGCCCACCUUCACCCUGACCGGAACCGACCUCACCAGGGUCAAGGGCAUUGCAGCAAAGCCCGCCAAUAUCCGGGUGCCCUAA